GAGAAGGACAACUGAAAAAAUGUUUCUCUACAUUAUUUUGGCUUCAAUCUUUUUUGUGCCAGGACAUGCACAGGAAGGGAAGAAUAAAACAUCUGAACGUAUCAUAGGAGGUAUUCAGGUCACACCAUACAGUUGGCCUUGGCAGGUGUCGAUUCGUAUUAGUUCGAGUGACUGCUUGCCCCAUAACUGUGGCGGCGUCCUCAUCCAACGUCGAUGGGUUCUGACAGCUGCCUCAUGCUUUGGGAGUGCACCCUUGGUUGUUGUUCUGGGAGAGCAUAAUAUUUAUGGGAUAGAGGGAAAGGAGCAGUUCAUUCCUGUGGAAAAGAAGAUUGUUCAUCCUAGCUGGAAUCCCAAUGACAUUACUGCUGGAUAUGACAUUGCCUUGCUGAAGCUGACUCAGGAUGCCAUUCUGAACACCUAUGUCAAUGUGGCGACACUGCCCAGCAGUGGUGCCAUCCUUCCAAGCACUUACUGCUACCUUGCCGGCUGGGGACGCACAAGCACCUAUGGACAGCUGUCAGCUACCCUUCAACAGGCUUCCAUCCUCAUUAUAAGCUAUAGCACCUGCUCCAGCAGCUCCUGGUGGGGAUCAACUGUAAAGACCACCAUGAUCUGUGCUGGUGGAGAUGGAGCCAGAUCAGGCUGUGCUGGGGAUGGUGGGGGAGCCCUGAACUGCUAUAUAAAUGGACGAUAUGAAGUACAUGGAGUUUUUAGCUUUAUGUCUUCCCUGGGCUGCAAUGUUUCCCAGAAGCCCGACGUCUUCACACGCAUCUCUGCGUACAUUGGCUGGAUCAACACUGUCAUCGCCAGCUAUUAGAUAUCUGUGGGCUGCUGUGCAUGGACCACAAUUCCUACAUUAGAAUCACGUGGACACCUGUUUCCUGAUGAGGAAUAUAGCAGAGCAUGGAACUAUUAUACAUCCAAAAAAUUAAACAAUAAAAUUGUUGAA